AUGCGACAAGUUGCUGCUAAGCAUAAUGCUGGACUACAUAGUUUACCAACAAAUAUAAAUAAAAAUGUUAUGGAGCCAUCAGUUAGAAAUACCAAUCUUGUUCAAUGGGCAUUAAAAAUAAAAGGAAAAGAUUAUCUUAAAAAUGGUUCUGCUGUUCUUUUACUUGACGGAGAUGUACUUCCUUUAACUCCUUUUAACUCAAAUACACUUUUAAAUUCACAUGAUAUUGUUUGUCGAAAACAUCCUGUUUCUUAUGGACGAUUUUGUUGUAUUGGAUUGAUUUGUUUAGCUCCACAAUUAUACAACACCAUAGAUGAUUUUAAUGUAGCAUGGACAUGA